CCGGAAAGAAGAGAGCCGGAAGCGCGAGCCGCUAAAGUUUACGGAAAUAAAGGCGGACAAAAGUUCAUCCUCUCCUGCAACUGACAAAAAGUGCCAAAAUCCAGAUUAAACGAUUUACGAGCGAUUUACGAAUUAAACAAAAACGAAAACAAACAGCAUUUGGAACGGUGCAGAGUGCAGUGCAGAGGCGUGUAACUCUUCCUCCUCCUCACCCGGAUACGGAAAAUUGGAAAAUGUGGCCCAACUUUGUUGCCGUCAUUUCCAUGCUAUGCCUUGCAUUCUUUACUUGGGCAAAAGCUGGACCUGUGCCAAUUGUGAAUGAGCACCAACAACUGAUGCCCAAAGUCCCUCAAUGGCAUUGUCUGCGCUACUUCAAGCACGAUGUCCUGAUGAUGCGACGUUGUCGCCAUUUGCGAGUCCCUACGGCGCCGCGUUUGGGCGAUGUCCUCAAGCGAAAGAAGAAAUAGUAUUCGGCCCACAGACAAUCAUCGUCAAUACUCAAAACGACUGAGCAACAAGAUAAAUUACAAACAUUUUUAAAGGAUUUCUAAACCAGACCAAAGCUAAAUCAAAUAUAUAAUACCAUUUAUCAUAGAAUUUCUAAUCUAAUGUUAAGUCUAACCAAUUGUACUUCAUAGAUUUGUAAGAAUUCAAUAAAACAAAUUUUAUAAACGAAA